AUGUCUCGCGGCAGCCAAACCCUAUACGUGACCGGUUUUAGCCACGGCACCCGCGCUCGCGACCUCGCCUACGAGUUCGAACGCUACGGUCGCCUGGUACGCUGCGAUAUCCCUGCGCCGCGAUCUACUUCAAGCAGACUCUUUGCUUUCGUCGAGUACGAGGAUCGUCGUGAUGCUGAUGACGCCUAUCAUGAGAUGCACAACAAGCGCAUCGGCCGCGAUGACACUCUGAAGAUUGAGUGGGCAAGAACUCCCCCUUCGGCGUCCUGGCGCUUCGAGUCUGGUCGCGAUCGCGAUCGCCGCCCGGCCCGUUCCCCUCGACGUGGCAGAUCUCCUUCUCCUAGACGGAGCACGCGAGACUACUCCCCUCGCAAGGAAGACCGCCGUGACCGGGAUCGUGACUACGACCGCGACAGCCGCAGAGACCGCGACAGAUCGCGCAGCCCCGAUAAUCGGGACCGUGACCGUGAUGCUAAGGACGACCGCGAUGAUCGUGACGACCGUGACGAUCGCGAUGACCGCGACAGAAGAGAAAAUGGCGCCAAUGGCGAUGAAAGAAAGCCUGUUGAGAGUCCUCCCCCAGCUCCUGAGGAUCUUGAUGUCGCCGAGUAA